UCUGCGCGCGGGGGGGAUAAUCCGGUGUGCAGUCCGGUAUUUGUCGGUUCGGCGGGACUGUAUGUGUUGUUUUGCUCGUUUACCCUUGUAGAACACAUCCAAAUCUGGGGGGAAAUGUCCCCAAUGGCGACAGAGUGCUAUCAAGAGGACAUUCUGGACUUCUUGAGGGAGCGGGGAGGGAGAGUGAGGAGCACUGAUUUAACGGAGCACUUUAAAGCCGUGUUCCCGGAGGAGCCGGAGAAGAAGGCGGCGGUCCGGGAGACAUUUAAGAACUACGUGAACAACAUCGCUUUUGUAAAGGCGGUGAAUGGGGUUAAAUAUGUCUACCUGAGGAAGAGGUUCCGCGGGUCUGUGAGGGAGCAGCAAAGCCCCAGACUGACAAGAACGGAACCGGAACAAGUUUUAAAUGAAGGUUCACGCGGAGCAGACGCAACACUACCGGGCUCAGGUUACGGAAGUGACAGCCAGGUGAGAGCUUCGCGAGACCCCCCUCCUGAAGUCGAAGACAAGCCUCGGUGUUAUGAGUUUGCAGGUGUAGCAGAGGAGGUGGACAGCAGCUCAGGUGAGAUGGGGAACACAUGGGGGACAGAGAGGAGACACUCCAAGAAAGACAAGCCGCAAGAAGCACCUGACAUACCUGAGAUUUCAGUGAUCGAGGCGUCGCCUCUUCCUGCAGAGGAAUCUGUGUUUACCUUGCCUGGGCCUGCAGAGACCGGUAGUACAGGACAGGCUGACACAGCUACUGCUGAAUUGAGUCCCACAGACAGACAGGCUGAAACUGGAGAUCUCUCAGUAGCAAGCCUGAAUGAAGUAGAGCAGAGUCACGUGGUGACCAGACGCAGGAACUCUAAAGGAUCCCAGCGCAGAUUUCUCUCCGGGCAGCCGGACUCAGACGAGGUGGAGGACGAGGGACAGUUUGACGUACACAGCCUGUGUGGCAGUGACAGUAGCAACACCCCUAAAGGGAGCCGCAAGCACUUCCUCGAGGUCAUGAUGAACACUUCCCCUCAGGUGAGGCGCAGCAUGGUGCUGCGCAGGUCGACCUACAUGUCCUCCAAGUAUGACAGUGACUCAGUGUCCGUAGCCUCCUCAAACCCAGAUGAAGAGAGGGCCACUCUGGAUCCCCUGGAACAUGAGUGGAUGAUGUGUGCUUCAGAUGGGGAAUGGGGCAGCUUGGACCGCCUCCUCACUGCAGAGCCCAGCCUGGUCCUGAGGAAGGAUUUUGUCACCGGGUUCACCUGCCUGCACUGGGCCGCCAAGCACGGCAAACCUGAGCUCAUGGCUCUGAUUAUUAACUUCGCCAAGCAGCACAACAUUCCCAUCAACAUCGAUGUUCGAUCCAACACCGGCUACACCCCACUGCACAUCGCUGCCAUGCACAACCACAUGGAGGUGGUGAAGCUCUUGGUGGGGGCCUACAGCGCUGAUGUGGAGAUCAGGGACUACAGUGGGAGGAAGGCCUGCCAGUACCUCACGGACAGUGUUAGUGUGGACAUACGGGACAUCAUAGGAGCAUAUGAGCAGUCAAACUCAGAGAAUGCAAACCGUGGGCAUGGGGGCCGCUGGAGGUUCUCCAAGGUUCUCCAGUCUAACCUGAGGCCCCUCAAAUUGCUGAACCCCAGCGACUGUGACUCUGUGGAUGGGGAGGGCCGACCCAGAGAGAAACCCCUCAGGAGGAAGUCUUCUCUCAGCAGAAUGAAGCCCAAACUGCAGAAGCUGCGCGUGAGGACGUCUCAGAUCGUCCACAGCACAUCUUUUCAUGACACAGAAGAAGUGGACAAGGAAUCUGUGUUUGUGAGAGGCUCAUUUAAGACUAGACCCAAGACUCAUUUGUUUUGGUGAGACCAGCACUGGCGCAGGACAGGACUUGGUGAACAGGUAUGAAAGCACAGAAAUGAAGCAAAAGACACAUUUAAGACAAUUUUUGACAUCCCAUAUAAAGACUGGUCUCAAGGACAGUAGUCAGCAGUCUGGACCUGGAUUUCAGUAUUUGUGGGUUUUUGUGUUCUUCUGAAUUAGUGCAGGUAAAAAAUGAGAAUGUGUGUUGAUAUUCACCAUCUCAAAAUGGGGUCAUUUUACACCAAACAAUUCAGAAAACUUUUUUUUUUUUCAGCGGUGGAUUAAUCCACAUUUGGUGCCUUUUGCUGAUAUAAAUAUUCAAAUAUAUCUUAUAUAUGCUUGUUAGUGGGACACAUUUCUGCACAUGGGAUCUAUUGACUGUAAGAAAAGUAUAGAAUAUCACUAACACACUAAUCAAAUGAAUUAAAUACAAUUAGGCCCCUCACCUAAAGAGAAAGCCACUGUGGAAGAAUGCUCGUAUUACACCUUUAAGUAUUUAGAUGAUGCACCUUUGGCUACAAUCACAUCACUGGGUCUGUGUGGAUAGAUCUCAGUCUGCAGUUUUGCUCCAUUCUUCUUCUUUGCAGAACUGGUCAAGCUCUGUCAGGUUGCACAGGGAUCAGGCUGCUAACUCCUUCAAUGUCUUUGUACUACAGUCACCACUAGCACCAACUGGCUAGACCUCUGUUGAAUUAGUCACUUUAAAGGGGGUUAUUAUUUAUGCACCCACUUAUUUUCCAUUAUGUAUUUUGACUUAAUUGACAUUACUUUGUAGAAAUCUGCUUCAUCUGCUACAUUAAAGAUUUUUUUUUCAAAUUCUUGUCAAAAAGACAAAAUAUAUUGACCAUGAUUCCAUAUCUAAAAGCAAAAAUAGGAAAUACACAUACACACUCUGUAGUUCAGGUCAGCCUGCUUCCCUUCAUCAGUCCACAGCUGACACUAAACCCUCUUGACCUUUUUGUAAUCUGGAUCAACAAGGCCAAGCUGGUGGCUUUAAGAGACAAGGUCUGGUCUUUGGUUGAUGGGUAAAGUUAAGUGAGAUGUUUCUGGAUGAACUUAGUCAGGCCAUGUGGGACUUUUGCACUUACAAUAUCAAUUUUUUAAAAGGGCUAAAUCCAUUUAACUGGAUCAGGAUCUGGUUUACAUAUGUCAGUACUGGUGUAUUUGACAGUUGAUAAGUAACAUUAAUUUUACACUUGUUUCUUACCUCAGAGUCUAGGUUGAUGUGUCCAACGGAUCCUGGGUGGUGACAGGGCCAUUUUAAUAGUUUGUACACUUGAUGUUUGUGCUCUAAUGAAAUAAAAUUUAAGUCAUUGUA